CAAUCGAUCAUCUACCGAUACUACACCGUAUUUUCCCUUGCGACGGCAGACCUAAUAAGAAAGGAAAUAGGGAACAGCGAGAUCGAGAUCGAGAUCGAGCUUAGCCACGCACGGCACGAUUCGCCGAUGGAGGUCGACGGCGAGUCGUACAAGUCAUGGGCAUGGUGGCUGCACGCGCUGCAGGCGAUGAGGUGCACAUACUCCGUCCCCAUGGACGCGAAGGAAGCCAGGAUAAGGGCAGACGUUGCGGAGGCGAGGGGGAAGGAGAUGGCGGCGGCGGCGGCGCUCAGAUUGAAGGUGCUGAGGGAGGGCAAGCUGAUGAAGUGGAUCUUUAAGACGCAAGACCCGGAGGUGCUCAGAGCGGCGGCGGAGGAGGCGCGCAGGAUGGAUUGGCUGGAUGAGGAGCGGGUGGCGACGGACAGGUGGGCGAAGACAAAGGACCCAGAAGGGGCAGAGUACCAGAAACAGCUGCGCGAGGAGCGGAUCGAGAUGCACGAGAGGAGGAUGACGGAGAAGAUAUCUGUCGACACAGAGGACUGGUCGGAGCCUCGUAACUAUCGCAGAAAAUGGUACUCCGACCACGCAGGGCACGGCAAGUACGACGACACCACUGGUAUCCAGGCCAUGCGUUUCACAGACAUCGAGCCAAGCAACCGAGAUAGGAUCGUCUACCCCACAGGAACCUUGCAGAUCUUCUCCUUCAAAGUCACGAGAAUAGGAGAGGAGUUGCGGUGGCCGCUCGACGUCUAUGGGUUGAUCGCGAUAAGAGACCACCUAGACCGCAAGCGCAACAUUAUCUUUGCUCGCUCAAGGGAAAACUGUCAAACUAUCACCUCCGAGGAACCGUAUUUAACACUAGAAGGUCCAACUCGUGCAGCUGUGUUGUCUGAGGUUUCGGAUUCUGUGCGCUUUGAGGUUGUGUUGAAAGUGAAGAGUGCCACUAAUGCAUCUGAAGAUAAAGAUUUGAGCUCCUUAGCAACAAAGCAUAGAACAAUCGGAAUAAUCGGAACCAAUCCAUCCCGUGUGAUUAACCUUGCCGCCACUAGCAAGCUUUCCAAAGUAGAGUGGGCAGUUGGCUACCUUACUAAAUCUGUGGAGGCUACGAUCAAUAUACAAGUUAUUGAUGGAAAAUGGCCAGAUGGUUGUCGAGGUAUAUUUAGUGCAAGUACCAUUAGUCUAGAUGACAUGAAAGUCUUACUGCUCUCCCUUGAAGAUGACAAGUUGCCGGUUAACAAUGAUGGUAUAAUCAAUCUUUCACGCAAUGUUGUUUGUGCUGAAAUUGACGGAGAGCUGAAAAUUUCUGUUGCAACUAACUAUGCAGAUGGGGAACAAGUCAGUACUGCAAAACAUGAAACUACUUUCACACCUAGGGAAGAUGGUAGAAGUUGUGAUAUUCUUAAGGUUCGCACAUGCGAGAUGAAAGUGGUUGUCGCAUGGUCACUAGUUUGCUCGUAUUGAUCUCCUGACACAACUAUGUGCUAUGAGUCCUAGUUAAGGGUUGCAUGUGUCAGAUCCCAUCAACAAAGCAUUUUCUCGUGCUCUUUGCUAGUCGGGUACUACUGUUAUAUAUGCCGGUUAAUGGUUGAUACGAGGAUAGUGUUUCAAUUAUGGUGACACUUGGCACAUGACUUUGUUUCCUUUCUUUUGCAAGCCGGUUUUUCAAAUGCGUGUUAUCUUUUAUAACACAUUUUAGAUGUGUACAAAUGUAAAAUAAUUAAAGAGGAACUUUUUAAUUUGAUCACUAGUCUCUGUUUUAGCGAAGAAACACCAUUAGCCUCUAUUCUAAAAAUAUAUGCAUAAUUAAAAUGUAGCAUAAUUACAACAUCACGAGAGAACCUUUUUUUGGACACAUAGCACUAAUCCUGUAAAAGAUGUUCUAAAUUUUGAUAACGGAUAUGCCCAAAACUCCUGAUGUUGAGAAUCAUUAGCACUAUUAUUCACAACCAGUGCUGAUGAAGAGGAGCGGCUCCAAUCAACAUUGCAAGAGUUAGCUCUAGUCAGAAAAUUGACCUCAUAUAUACUCAACCAGGUCGUCCGUGAAACGCAUGGCUGGGAUACCCGCUGCAUUAUUACA